AGAAAGAAAGAAAGAAAGAAAGAAAGAAAGAAAGAAAGAAAGAGGGAUUACUAUACUUAAUCUCCUGGGGAUGGUGAAUCUCCGGAAAGCCAAGGAGCUCAAUAAACAGAAUAUUUUUAUUGAGGAAGCUAACACCUCAUUGUUGUGGUCUAGGGAGACACUGGAGCCUUCAGGGUGGCUGAGGGAUGCCUGGGAGUGCAAACCACAUUUACCUUGAGUUUCUGAGUCAUUGUAUUUACUUUGAGAUCGCCACAUCAGGCCAGUGGGCCAGACACCCCACAGUAUCCCACGGUAGGUAGGCUCUCCUGUUGUCCCCUUGCUCAGCAAGUCUCAGUGGGAGUAGACCAGAGCUCCCAGUCAGCAUGGGAUCUCCAUGAAGGCUUACACGCUUAAACAAGGAAAGAAAAGAAAGAGCUCAAAUUAAACACGCCCGUUUGGUUUCCUGCAAGCCGGGGAAGUUACUGUUGAGAACAACGUAUCUGCUCUCCACAAAAACUGAUGAAGAUCCAGGCCAAUGCCAUGGUCUGUGAGGUUGGUAGCAGGCAAUCUAAAUUCCCCCAACCUUUAGCAGAUGGGCGGCCUUUAUACGCAGUACCGCAGUACCGGAGCUGACUUUUUAACCUUGGUCAGCAUUUGCUGCCUUCUGGAUCCCAUCCAGCCUAGAAGCCCAUUUGGCUAUCCUACAAGGCCUUGGCUAGGACCAGCCUGAGCGGCUUGUAGCUGGGCACCUGGCUUAUUUUACCAGGCAAAUAGGCAGGGGCUGCUACGUCCCAGGAGAGUCCUGGAUGUUUUAGAGAAAUUGAAGAGAAGGCUUUUUUUUUGGGGGGGGGGACGCGGAGUGAGGUUCUACAAACUCCUUGAAAAUGAUGGGUCAAAUCAUGGGAAUGCAGAUUUGGAGUUUUCAUAUGAUAGAAGUCAGAACUACCCUUGGAUUACUCAGAGGGCUCCUUGAAACCCUGGAAGGUUAAGGAGGAUGCUGUAUCUGUAUCACCGUCUUCCCCUUUCUUCUUGUAGCCUCUGCUGUCUCAAACACUCUCCAGUGGCCACUGGUCCUUUAAAAACCACAGUCAGGGAAGCUCCUUCUUGCAUGUGAUCCAGACAGGGGGGCAGCUGAGGGCUCUCACCCUGGCCCCCAAGCCUGCUGGUCAGCUGCUGCUCCUUUUCCUCAAGGAACAGUCAGCGCUCUUGGAACCCACUUCCCCACAGAAGAGCUCUCCAGAGAGGCAUCUGAACAGCUGGAGAGCAAAGGGCCUUUUUUUACCCCCCAGGUAGCCCCAGUUUCAGGGCAUUUCCAGGUGAUACGUUGAACACAAGAGUUCCACCAAGCCUGUGAACAGAGUAGGGACCCAGCAUAUCCUGGAAGCUUAAGGUAGAACCGACCAUAGGCUUCAAUGCUCUGAAGGUUUGCAGCGUUCUAGCUGUCUGGCUCUUUAGACCCACCCAAGUUUAAAUUUGCCUCGGCCUUGGGUGCAGAAGCAAAACAGAUAGUUAACGAUGUCUCACACAGACCCAGCUUUUAUUUUCCGGAGUGGCUGCUGCAGAUUGAAGCUUCUGGCAGCAGAGAGCUGAUGCUCAUCUGUGUUCCUAUCCCCCUCCUUUCUCUCAUCCCCUUGUCUCCUUCUUCAUCUCCCUCCGCCCGAUUUCUUUCUCCACUCCUUUCUUUUGCAUUCAGAUGCUUAGAUACCCAGCCCUACCAGAGAGUCAUCUUGGAGAGACAGAGGUAGAGGUGACAGGGAUGUUAGCAGAAGCACGGAUUCCUGGGCGCGGCUGGCCAAGCAGCUGCAAACAACCUCGGUUGCUUGAAUCACAGAACCCAGAGGCUGGCCUCUACCUAGCUCCGUCUCCUAUGUGUUUUCUGCAUUCAGGGUCCUCUCAGGGUUGUCUUUGUCCAGUGGCUGGAGUCAUCCUGGGAGGAACCAGAACAUGACCAUUUCAACGCAAGAGCCUUUCUCUGCUGUUUUCAGAGGCCUGAACAAUGUAGUUGCUGGGAUCUGGGCAGUCAGCAAUGCUCCAGUUCCAACUGGAGCUGGCAGGCCCAGGGCAUCCUGGAGACCUUGUAACCUUGUGGGUUACAGGUCAGGGGCAGAGCAUCAACCGCACAAGCUCCACUGGAUCCUGCCGGAAAAGGUCACAUUUCCUGAGCUUGAUAGGAGGCACACACUUGGGGGUUACAUGUGUCCCAGGCUGACCACUUGUAAUUGCUUAAGAAAGCACCCCUGAGUGGAACCCAGUGUCUGCUAAGCAAAGCUCCUGGUCUCUGGAGUCUCUUAUAACAGGGCCCGAACCCAGCUUAGCCUUCCAGGGAAUGGAUUGCCUCAUCACCACCUUGUUAAAAUGUGCACACUAUACUCAAAAUGGCUGGAACAAGAACUGCCCCAGUCAUGUCUUGGGGGCGGGGUCCUGUUUGGGGUGGUGGAGGACAGCAAGACAUGGGUGUAGUGACAGGUUUUUUUCAUAACCUCAGGGUGCAUAGCAAUGCUAAGGAUUACUAAUGCUAGGACAGAAAGCAGCGUGGUAGAGGUAUGUGCUGGACACAUCCUUCCAAGGUUUCCCCUCCAGUCCCGUCCCCCCCCCCCCGCCCCCAGUGCAGAAAGACCAGAAACCCAAGGCCAACAUUCUAAUCCCCCAAAGGAAGUGAAUUUGGGACCCCUCGGGAUGGCGGGGAGUAUGCAUUUGACUCUGAACCGAGGGGUGGUGGCAAGUCUUUGGCUGGGGUUGCCAGACCGUUGAUUUUCACCUCACUGAGCCAGCUAGGCAAGGCCGGAUGACAGAAGUAGAGGGCAUGAACCGACUGAGCACGGGGAAGGAGAAAAAUCCUCACUGGCCAAAGGAUAGAGUAGGGAAGUCGUGGGCACUGGCUCAGGUGGCGGCGAUCAGCCAGUGCCUUUUCGAUAUUAUUCUUUGUGCGAUGUGGUCUAGCCAGCUUCCAGUUCACUGUGGCUUCUGGACACUCCGAGGGUCUUGACAGCCUUAGGACCACACCAGCCACUUUGUGGGGAGCCAAAUUUAAGAACUAGAACCAGCUCCAGGUCCAGAAAUGAAUAGGACGGAGAGACUGCGACAGGGCCUGCUUAAAGGAUCAAGGGGCGACAGGGACUUAUGGCCACUCCACAGCAGACACGGGAGCGCCCAAAGAUGGCUGGGGUGCACAUCAUAAACACCCCACUUGUUAACAGCGCAGGGCCCAAGGGCGCUUCCAAAUAUAUUCUUUGCUGGGGUGGGGGUGGGGGGGCGAGUUGCAGGCUCAAGAGCCAGGUCCCCAGACCGCCACUUUGAGGCAGCCCCCACAGUUCUGGCCUUCGGGCCAUAGGUGUCAGGCGUGCGUGCGUCUUCUGGCCCAUCAAUACAGAUUACAUAUUUAUAUCAAUCGCGGGCUCCGAGGGCGCCCUCGGAGAGCGGCCCCGCGCCUACGAAACCAAACUGGGAGUGGUCGCGUGGAAACUCUGGCUCGGGAUUGGCUGUGGGCGCCCGCCGCGGUGCGGGGGGAUUGCUAAUCGUAUUCAGCAUGUUUUGCACAAGAAAUGUCAGCCAGAAAGGGCUAUCUGCUCCCUUCGCCAAAUUAUCCCACAACAAUGUCAUGCUCGGAGAGCCCUGCCGCGAACUCUUUUUUGGUCGACUCGCUCAUCAACUCAGCCAGAGGCGAGGCGGGUGGCGGCGGCGGUAGCGCGGGGGGCGGCGGAGGCGGCUACUACGCCCACAGCGGGGUCUACCUGCCGCCCGCCAGCGACCUGCCCUACGGGCUGCAAAGCUGCGGGCUUUUCCCGGGGCUGGGCAGCAAGCGCAAUGAAGCGCCAUCGCCCGGAGGCGGUGGCGGGGGUGGCAACGGGGGCCUGGGUCCCGGGACGCAUGGCUACGCGCCCGCGCCCCUAGACCUGUGGCUGGACGCGCCCCGCUCCUGCCGGAUGGAGCCACCCGACGGGCCGCCGCCACCGCAGCCACCACCCCAGCAGCAGCCGCCGCCGCCCCCGCCGCAGCCGCCCCAGCCCCCGCCCCAGGCCACAUCGUGUUCUUUUGCGCAGAACAUCAAAGAAGAGAGCUCCUACUGCCUCUACGAUUCUGCGGACAAAUGCCCCAAAGGCUCGGCCGCCGCCGACCUGGCCCCUUUCCCGCGGGGCCCGCCGCCCGACGGCUGCACCCUGGGCGCCUCCAGCGGAGUGCCAGUGCCGGGCUACUUCCGCCUGUCCCAGGCCUACGGCACGGCCAAGGGCUUCGGCGGCGGCGGCGGCGGCGGCGGCGGGGGCACACAGCAGCUCGCCAGUCCUUUCCCUGCGCAGCCCCCGGGGCGCGGCUUCGACCCGCCGCCCGCACUGGCCUCGAGCUCAGCCGAGGCGGCCGGGAAGGAGCGAACCCUCGACUCCACGCCGCCGCCCACGCUGGGUUGCGCCGGUGGCGGCGGUGGCGGCGGCGGCGGCUCGCAGGGCGACGAGGAGGCGCACGCGUCAUCCUCGGCGGCCGAGGAGCUGUCCCCGGCCCCUUCCGAAAACAGUAAAGCCUCGCCGGAGAAGGACUCCCUGGGCAUUUCCAAAGGCGAAAACGCAGCCAACUGGCUCACGGCAAAGAGCGGCCGGAAGAAGCGCUGCCCCUACACGAAGCACCAGACGCUGGAACUGGAGAAGGAGUUUCUGUUCAACAUGUACCUUACUCGAGAGCGGCGCCUAGAGAUCAGCCGCAGCGUCCACCUCACGGACAGACAAGUGAAAAUCUGGUUUCAGAAUCGCAGGAUGAAACUGAAGAAAAUGAACCGAGAAAACCGAAUCCGGGAGCUCACAGCCAACUUUAAUUUUUCCUGAUGAAACUUCCAGGCAAUGCCACCGUGUUUCCGCUUCCAGAGCGCCUGUCCCCCUCCUGCCUCCAGCCUCUGGCCCAGAACUCGCACCUGUACCGGAGCCCUAGUCCUCCCUUCCACUCUCCGCCAUCUCCCAGGCCGUUUCGUCUGUGCAGGGCUGGUUUGUUCUGACUUUUCGUUUCUUUGUCUGUUUGCUUGGCGUUGGUUUACUUGUCUUCUGGGGGAAAAAGCCAUAUCGCUAAAAUUCUAUAGAGAUUGAGAUUGUCCUCACUGUCAAGUCCUUGACGGGGCUGGGUUCGCUGCCUCGGGGGGUCCCCACUGCUAGAAACAGUCCCAGUACUCCUACAUAGAUCUGGUUUCCUGCCCAGCCCUGGGUAAACUUAGCCGGAAGCCCCAGGUCCCAUUGUCGGCCCUGAGGUGUCUGGCCUGAGGUCAAUGGUGCAAGGAGCCGCCACCGGGUUCGCCAGCCUGGAGUGCUGCUGGGCUGUGUUUAAUCAGGGAGUGCAGGCCUGAUUUCUCUUUUCUUCCUUCUUUUCUUCCUUGGCCAAGAGCAGAGAAUCGAAACGUGGACAUGCAGGUUAGUUAGCUAAAGGGCUUGACCUGGCUGACUGAAAAAAAAAAAAAAAUGAGAAAGAAAUAAUCAGAAAGAUUCAUUUUUCCUUCCUCUGUAAGAUCUCCCAGCUUUAAAUGAAAAUAAAAAUGGCCAGGAGAAGGAACCUUCUCUUCCGGUUUGCUAAGGUCUUGCUUGCCUGACUAAAAUCCUUCAUUUACCUUUGAAUUUCCAUAUCCUGGCUGUUGAUAAAUAAUGUAGGUUUGUUUAUACAUGUGGAAUUAGUGAAUUUUUGCCAUUAAAAUUGUUACCAAUUGGUAACACGCGAAAAGCACACCAUGAUUCUCCCUAUCUUAUGGAGUUGGUCUUUUUUGUUUGUUUUUGUUUGUUUGUUUUGCUUUAAUUCCCUUUUUUUUUUUUGUUUUGUAGGCUUUCUGAAAUUCAUGGAAGCCUAGGAGGGCUGGGGCAAGCAGAUGAGAGAAGGGAGACAUUGUUUGGAUUUCCUUUAUACUGUGAAGUUACAAUGCAUAAAAGGGUCAAACCUGUAGGUGCAGAAAAAGAAAAGACUAUAAGUACAAAUCUGUAUAAAUGUCUAUUAUUAUGAAAAAUUGCCAAUCUUGUUUAAGCAAAUGCAUUCUAUCGUUAUUAUAAAUGUUAGUUCUAGCUUUAUUUACAUCAAAUCUUAAAUCAGAAUAAAUUAAUAUUGUAUUGCUGCUGUGCGUGGAAAAAAAGAUGAUGUUUAUGUUCUUAUAGAAUAAAAGCUGUGGAAUGAA